UUUUUUUUUUAAUUAAAAAAAAAAAAAGAGUCAGAGGUUUGGGGCAAGUGAACGUGCGCUAUUUGAACCACAGAUCUGGAUCCACCCCAAAGCAUCAAGCAAACAAACCCCUCUCUUUCUCCCUCACUUUCUCUCUGUCUCUCUUGAGGGAUUGAUUUUCUUUUCUUUUCUUUUUUCUUUUGAAUUCAAAGGAGAGAGAAAGUAGGAGAGAGAGAGAAAGAGGAGUGAAAGAGAAAGCUCGGCUUCAGAAAACAAUGGCAGACUAGCAGCAGAAACAGAGUUGCAGGUUUCUUUGAACACCCAAAUAAUGCCUCUCUUCUUCUUCUACUUCUUCUUCUUCAAAAACUAAAACCCAGUUCAAGGAAGGCUGUGGUGACGCUUUUAUGGAACAAGCUUUAGAGAGUGAAGUGAAGCUGUGCCUACUCUGAGCCCAUCUCAUCUCAUCGCUUUGAUUGAUCUCGACAACUUGGGUAGGUGAAACGUUGAGAAACAAGGAAACAAAGAAAUCGAAAAAGGAAAGAAAAGAAGUUUUACUUGUAAAACAUUUUACUUUUCUCUCCAAAACCAGCAAAACACAAACCUCUUUCCCUUCUGCUCUGUUUUUUUUUUUCCGUCCAUGGAUUCUUAUGAAGCAACAAGAACUGUGUUCUCUAGGAUUCAGAAUUUGGACCCUGAAAAUGCUUCCAAAAUCAUGGGUCUUCUUCUGAUUCAAGACCAUGGAGAAAAGGAGAUGAUUCGAUUGGCUUUUGGCUCUGAAACUCUGCUUCACUCUGUAAUUCUUAAGGCCAGGAAGGAUUUGGGCCUCCCGUCGGUUAACUCGCCGUCGACUCCCUCGACGCCGAGUUCUUCACCUUCUCCGUUUUCUCUUUCGACCAAUCCAAUCGCUAUUUCCAGGCAGAGUUCUUCUUCUCGGUUGGGAAUUAAUCUUCCUCCUUCACUUACAAUUCCUAGCCCUUCUUCCAGCUCUGCUUCUUGGGCUCCUGGUUUUAACUCUAAGCUUCAAAGUUUUGAUGAUCAUUUGAUUAGUCCUGGGCAUUUACCACUUGGGUCGUCUUGUUUUGGUGCUGGGGGAACUCCGGCGGCUGAUAUGAUUGAUGAAUUUCAGCUUCAGGACCAGCUUUCAUUUCUCAACGAUGGUUCCCCUACAAUCGGCGUUAAAAAUUCCGACUUGUUUUUCCCGCCGGCGGAUUUGUCGUCGAGUCCCACCGGGGGUGGGUUUGGGAACUACGGCGGUGAUGCCAGUUGGGAUGGAGGGCCGUUCCACCGCCGGAGCUACUCUGUGAACGACGCCGGUUUGGGAACAGAGGAUCUGAAUUGUGGGUUGGGUUGGAAGCCUUGUCUGUACUACGCUAGAGGGUUUUGUAAGAAUGGAACCAGUUGUCGGUUUCUCCAUGGCGGCCUUGGAGACUCCGACGGCGGCGCCGCUGUAGGCUCGCCGAGUAAGAUCGAGAUGAUGGAGCAGUGCCACGAGCUUCUCAGAUCCAAAUCCUCUGCUCAACAGCGACUCGCCGCUGCUUCUCAGCUUAUGGCCUCUGCUAAUUCCUUCCCUUACUCUCCUAAAUCCAUCAACUUCCUUCUCCAGCAGCAACAAAACAAUUCCCAGAGAGCCGCGGCGGCGGCGUUAAUAAUGGGGGAAGAUCUACACAAAUUUGGUCGGUCCAGCCGGCUUGAGCAAAACGAAUUCUCACUGAACGGCGGUGUCGGAAUCGUCAAUCCGGCGUCAAGGCAGAUCUACUUGACUUUCCCGGCCGAUAGCACAUUCAAAGAAGAAGAUGUGUCGAAUUAUUUCAGCAUGUACGGCCCAGUUCAAGAUGUGAGAAUCCCUUAUCAACAGAAGAGAAUGUUUGGAUUUGUCACUUUUGUUUACCCUGAAACUGUGAAGCUGAUUUUGGCUAAAGGAAAUCCCCAUUUUGUCUGUGAUGCUCGUGUUCUUGUUAAACCUUACAAGGAGAAAGGCAAAGUCCCAGACAAGUACAGGAAGCAGCAGCAAAUCGAUAGAGAUUACUCUCCUUGUGGAACUCCAACUGGGUUGGAUUCUAGGGAGCUUUACGAUCAUCUUCAACUCGGGUCGAGAAUGUUCUAUAAUUCUCACCAAGAUCUGCUAUGGCGAAGGAAAUUGGAAGAACAGCAAGCCGAUCUUCAAACGCUCGAUCUUCAAAGUCGACGCCUUUUGAAUCUGCAGCUUCUUGAUGUGAAGAAGAAUCAGCUCCCCCACCACCACCGUGCACUUUCCACCGGCAGCCCGAUUCCUUCUCCGACGCAUUCUCCGAACCCUUUUGCUCAGAAUCACAUCUUCCCCACCAUUCGUAGCAGUAGCAGCAGCAGCAGCACCUCAGACAUCUUGAGAGGUGAGGUCCAUAAUCCCAUCUCAGCUUGUGGCGCUACUCCGGUGCCUGUUCGGACACCACCGCCCAUAGUCACGAUGUCGUCAACCAAUAUGCCACGACAACCAUCACCAGUCGAUAACGGAACCUCGACCAACAAGUUCCCAUCGAAUGGUCAAGGAGAGCAUGACAAGGAGAGAUCCCAAAUUGAAGACAGUGAUUUACUUGAAUGCUUUGAACAUAAUCUCCCUGAUAGUCCCUUUGCAUCACCCUCAAAAGCCCCUACCGACUACGCAGCGACAUUCUCCAUCGAGGAAGCAGCAAAUGACUCCGACGACGCAUCAUCAUCGUCAAUACUCACACCAACUCCCUCUAGGGAAGUAGCAGCAGCCUCCUUCAAAUCCUUCAAUUGCCAAAUGCCAAGGUUCCCAACCGGGCACAGCACGAUCGGGAUGUACGCGGGGACGGGCGGGCCGACAUGUCCGGUGGGAAUUUAGCAUCCAAAGCAGGAGGAGGAGGAGGUAGUGUUAGUUGGAAAAAGAAGUGCAUAGUUGAAUUAACAAUGAUGUAUGGUGAAUUGGAGGAAGGAAAGAAAGAAAUAAAGUAAAAGAAAGAAAGAAAGAAAGAAAAAAAAAGGUAAAAGUGUAAGCAUAUGAACACAAUAUCUAUAGAGAAUGAUGAGCAGUAGCAGUAGGAGUAGCAGCUCCAGACAAGGCUCCUCCAGCAAGAACAGUAUAAAAGAGGAAGGUGGGGGGUCACCCAUUAUUCUUGUUCUUCUUUGUUCCUGGUUUAUUGUUGUUGUAGUAGCAGCAGAGCUGUAGAACAACCCAUCUCUCUCUCUUUAAGAAUUUACAGUAGAAAAAAAGAAAAGGACACAGAAAGCAAGAAAGAAAGAAA